AUGAUUGAAACUGAAUUACUUUGUCAGUUCAUUCAAAAUACUCGAUUUUCGGAAAACAUUCUAUCAGGACACUUUUUGCCAGACAAUAAUAAUAUGGCGUUUGUAGACAGCAAUAAUGUUGCAACGGUCGUUGUUUUAGACAAUACGGCUACGAAUAAACCAACGGUUGCUGCAUAUGGUGCCAUGCAUGUUUGUGCCAGUAAUCAGGCAUACUUGAUGUUUUGUGAAUGUGAUGCGAAAUAUACUGAGAAGUCAGUAACUAUUAAAAAAUGCAAAUACGAUGAAUAUUCUCCGGAAAGAGAUGGAUGCCGUCAGCGUUGCUGGCAAAUUUGUAACAUAUACGACAAAGAUAUUGAUUAUUCGAGAUUACCAGAAUAUUUUGGAGCAUUUGAGGAUCGUUACCAGCAGCACUUGCUUGUCCAUGUAUAUGAUCAGCUAGUCAAUGCCACGAUAAAAACAUAUAACAUGGAUAUGUGUAAAAACGUCACCGUCGAUCUUUACGACAUCGAUUUCACUGACAAAACACGUUGGUUGUAUAGAGAUAUGAUGGGUUUUAUGGUUACUGAUAAAAAACGCUAUUUUGAAAUCACCAUUAAUAAGUCCGAUCUGCGGGCAAUUACUGAAAAUAAACGGACGAAAAGUUCUGAUGUUUCUUAUAUGGAAUUGAAUUCAGAAAAUCAGCUAUACUUUAGUGAUUACGAUUCUAUGAUUACUGUCGUCAAUCGACAUGAUUUUUUGGAAUUUUUGUGGGGUAUAGAUGGAAUGUUGGGCAUAGUUGCUGUUCAAAAUCAGCAACCGAUCGGUUAUAUCCUAGCUCUAAACAAUCACAUUUUGCAGUGCUAUGCUGACACCUCUGAUAUAGCUUGCUACCUUGUCUGCGAGAUUAGUGGUAAGUUAUCAGAGGAAGUUCCAAUUACAAUGUUCAUGCGUGAGUGCAGUGAUUGGAUUUGCAGCGAACUUCUGGAGAAAGCCCAAAAAAUCCAUCGUAUCCAUCGUUUCCAUAGUCGCAUUCUGCCCACCCGUGUGAAAUGGGAGAGUGUAUUUCUGAUGAAUAUUGGUACUAAUCUUUGCUGA